AUGACCUACUCUAAACUGACACCCAUCCAGACGGGAACGUUCAGCACAGUCUACAAGGCCUGGUCAUCGCAACGUAACGAGUACGUUGCGUUGAAAAUAAUGCCCAAAUCAAAAUAUUCCAGUGGUGGCAUGGCAAACGAAUUUGAAAUUAUGAAAAUUCUGGGUAGAUCACAUCCAAAUAUUUGCUCCAUGUUGGAUUUUUACCAGGAUACAAACUAUUACGUACUGGUCCUGGAAUAUUGCGAAUAUGGUGAUCUUUAUGAUUUCCUAUCCGUGGCCAAGCGCCAAGGUGAUCAAAUCCAUCCCUCCACUAUACAACUAGAUUUCGCCAAAGUAUUAAGACAGAUAAGUUCCGCAAUCAUGUAUUCACAUUCCCUGGGUAUCGCACAUAGAGACAUUAAACCAGAAAAUAUCUUGUUGACCAAGGAAGGUGAUAUUAAAUUGGCUGAUUGGGGACACGCCAUUAGAGAUUCAUUCUCCAAAGAAUCGCAUAUUGGUACGGAUAAUUAUCGUGCCCCAGAAACUUUCGAUUGCACCAUAGAAUAUGACACGUUCAAGAUAGAUUAUUGGUCUUUGGGGGUGACAAGUUUAUAUUUGAUAUUUGGACAGGCUCCAUUUAAGAAUCUAACUUUAUCCUCUGAUUUGGCAGAUUGUCACAUGAGAGAGGAGAAAAAUUAUUUAAUGGGAUCCAAUUAUUCCACUUUUGCUAGGGAUCCUAACGAAUUCAUCUAUAAAUAUUAUUUGGCUCCAAUAAUUAAUUUGAAGAAGGAUAUGUUGUACCAAUAUCGUGAUGCGAAAGUACCAUUGUAUGUAUGGCGUGACUUGGCGGACAUUUACAAUUUGUUCUACAUUAGUAGGAUCCUAGUGGAUUCUUUAAUUGUUUGUGAACCAGAGGAACGUUCAUUAAAGACAUUUCUUUUCGAACUUAAUAGAGAGAAUGGAUUAAGAAAAUUAAAUGGGAAGAUCAUCAUUAAUGAACGUACCACUGCACAUCAUCCAAUGAUGCAUCAUGAAAAGGGUUCACAAGUUCAAUUGGUCAAUCGUACUCUGAUUCCUGAAAAAAUAACGUGA